GACGGCAUCAGCUGGAUCGUGGCAUUCAGAGACCUUAGUGACACAUCUAAAUCGCAAUAAUCAUGUUCAAUCAAUGCGAACUCCUUAAGAAACGAACAAAAGCUGCUUAAUUUCCACCCGAUUUUCUCCGGCGGCCGAUGACUACUGGCAACCGGCGAGGAGGGGAAUGAGUUUCGGUACCUCAAAUCUCCGACAUUGAAAGACGGCAGUGACGUCGGACUAGACUUUGACUACUCCUGGGGCGGCGGACGCAGUAGAGAAUACACGGGCGAGAACGAGGAAAUGGGAUGGGAGUGAAUUCGAGUAAGGAUGCGAAUGCGUGAGUGAGACGACUUUCCAGGGCGAUGGGGGAGAGAGCUGUGGCAGCCUGGCAGGGGCGAAAUUCCAGCGAGACGAAGCCGAAUUGGCUGGCGGAAAAGAUGAAAGAUGCCAGCGGCUGGCUUGGGUUCGGAAAGGCGGCUGCCGCGGUGAUGGCGACGUCGCCGCCGGGGAGUGGAGGAUGGGUGGGCAACGGCCGGAGAAGGCGGGGAGCCAGGGAGGAUGGGGAAAGUGUUCGUUCGUGGCGAAAGAGUGUGGCUGAGCAAUAAAUGGCGAAGCUCCGCAAUUUGAGAAACGAACUAGGUUUUCUAUAUUUUUUUCCCCCAUAUUUCUUUUUUUUAUAUAUAAUUCCUUUCUUAUAUUUUCGGGAAAAAGGUUGCAUAAAGAAGACAAAAAUAAAUGUAAAAUAAUAACGGUAGUGAAAUUUGCAUCCGGAUUCUGCAGUCGUUUCUGUUUUGGCUAAAUCAUCCCCCGUAGACUUGGACCAAAAUUAUCCAGUUUUCUUGUUUAGGGGUAGUUUGAAUUUGUUUUUGUUUUGUUGAGAUUGUUACUUUACAUGUAAUGUUUAGAAUGUAUCGUUUUUUUACCUUUUUAACAGAAAUAAUACAUGAAUUUUUUAUGU